AUGCUGCCCACCCCCGACACAUCACAUGUCUCAUUCGACACCAUUUACGAGCCAUCGGAAGACUCCUAUCUCUUCCUAGACACACUCUCAUCCGCCUCGGAAUCAAAAUGGCUCCAUGAACGAUUCCAGUAUGUCCCAUCAUCCACUGCCACCAAAACCGCGCCUCUAGUCGUCGAGGUGGGCACGGGCUCCGGCGUCGUGCUAGGCUUCGUCGCCGCACACGCGCAGGAGAUUUUCGGCCGGCGCGACAUACUCACUCUGGGGACAGACGUCAACCGGAACGCAUGCCUCGCCACGCGCGAAACGGUAGUGACCGCCGUGCAAGAGGCGCAGCGCCAGCAAUCAUCCACGGGGCAAUCCGAAUCCGAAUCCGGCACUUCCAAAUCACGGACUACGCACAUUUCAUCGUUGACGGCUGACUUGUGCAGCCCGCUCCGGCCGAGCUGUGUCGAUGUCCUGCUCUUCAACCCGCCCUAUGUCCCAACAGACGAUCUGCCGCGCUUGCCCUCUGCAGAGGAGAACCAGCCUGCAGCGACGGAGUCCACGUCCCGCUCCGCGAAGUUCGAGAGUGAUUCGUUUUUCCUCUCACUGACUUACGCGGGUGGUGUUGAUGGCAUGGAAACUACGAAUCGCUUGCUGGAUGCUAUUCCUGGGGUGCUGGAGCCAAGCCGCGGCGUUGCUUAUGUAUUGCUCUGCAAGCAGAACCGGCCAGAGGAGGUCAUGGAUCGCAUUCACGGCUGGGGAGAUGGGUGGCGGGCGGAAAUCGCGGGAUCGAGUGGGAUGCAGGCUGGGUGGGAGAAGUUGGUUAUCGUUCGGAUCUGGAGAGAGUAA